AUUAUUGAAUGCACAAGGCUCUGCCCGCUUCUUUGCUGCAUUACCAAGUCUCUGUCUCUCUGUCUCUCUCACACACACACACAAACACAGACGAGCAGAGCUAGAGAAAUGGAAGCUGCAAAACCGCUAGUUAGAGUGGCUGCUCUAUGCGGGUCUCUUCGUAAAGGCUCCUACAACCAAGGCCUCCUUCGAUCAGCAAUCGAGCUAAGCAAGGAAAUCAACGGCCUGCACGUAGAGUCCGUAGACAUAGCGCCGCUGCCGAUGCUCAACACCGACUUGGAAGUUGACGGAACAUACCCCUCGGCCGUGGAAGCAUUCCGCCAGAAGAUAAAGGCAGCGGAUAGCAUCCUCUUCGCCUCGCCCGAGUACAACUUCUCCGUCACCGCACCUCUGAAGAAUGCAAUUGACUGGGCAUCUAGACCACCAAAUAUUUGGGCAGAUAAAGCAGCUGCAAUUGUAAGUGCUGGAGGCGGUUUUGGUGGGGGACGGUCGCAAUAUCACCUUCGCCAGACUGGAGUUUUUGUUGAUCUUCAUUUCAUCAACAGACCUGAGUUUUUCUUGAAUGCAUUCCAACCUCCUGCAAAGUUUGACAGCGAUGGCAACUUGACCGAUGCAUCAGCUAAGGAGACUUUGAAGGAAGUUCUUAUAUCCUUGCGGGCAUAUACACUGCGCCUUCAAGGUAAGAACUGAAAUAAUGUGUGAUUCAGUAUGUUGUACUGUGCUGCCAUUACAGCUUACUGAUCGGUAGUUCACUUCCAGAUUAUUUGUUUUCUCAGCUAUUGACAUAAGGAUUGGUUUUCUCUUAUAUUUUACUCACUUUAGAAGUGCAGUGAGCAAUAAUAAAUCAACUUGCCC